AGUGGAGAGAGAGAGAGAGAGAGAGAGAGAGAGAGAGAGAGUGCAUUAGUUUGCAAUGGCUCCGGCAAUGGCGGCGUCGGAUCCCCUGGCAAGGCAGGCCCUGGCGCAGGGGGCGAGCGCCUCGCUGGUGGGUGGCGACGAGCAGGAGAAGCUGAGGCAGAGGAACGAGGAGCUGGAGAAGGAGCUGAGGGAGAGCCGGGAGAGGGAGGCGGCAACGAGGGAGGAGCUGCAGAGGACGGCGGAGAGGCUGAGGGUGACGGAGGAGGCGGAGGAGAGGCUCUGCACCCAGCUCGGCGAGCUAGAGGCUGAGGCCGUCCUCGAUGCGCGUGCCUACCAUGCCCGCAUCCUCAGCCUUGCGGACCAGCUCGCGCAGGCUCGGAAGUUCCACCAGGUCGCCUCCGUUCUUUCUCCGUCGUGAAUGCAGUCGGUCCUUGCGUACAAUUUUUCCUACGAUUCCUCCCCAGACCUCCGACGAGAUUGAAAUGAAUAUGUAUAAUUGGCGGUGAGUUGUCCGGUUUUGAGGUUCAACUGGGGCUAGAUGUAGGGCUCUGUAGCAGAGAUGUAACCGAAAUGUAGUUGUUGUCAGGAUGAUUUGGGAUUCAGCGAGAUUGGUAGAUUCUUUCCCCUCCGACUUGUAGGAGGACGACGAAGAGUUUGAUAGAGCAAAUCCAAUUCCCCGUUUCUUGUC